GCUCUUCAGUCGCGUGAUCCUGAUGUCAGGCUCAGCGUUCAGUCCGUGGGCGAUGGUCGACACCCCAGAAAAUUAUGCGCAACAGGCAGCAAGCCAGCUAAACUGCCCCCUGGGCACCAAUUUCCUCGACUGUGUGAGGAAUACAUCCAUCGAAGACGUGCUCAAGAUCCGGUACAAAACACCGCAGUUUCUCACUGCCAUGGGCCCCAGCGUGGAUGGCUUAAUAAUACACCAUGACUGGAGGAAAAGACUCGCUGCCUUGGGCAGCACGCGAGAUUCAUCUGUAGAGCUGCUCAUAGGCGUGUCGGAGACGGAGGUGUACGGACACAUACUGACAGACGUUCCCAUGGAAGAUUUCCAGACCGACUACCGGGACAGACUUCUGCGUACCUUCAUUGCUAACAACUAUAACUACCAUCUGCAGGAGCUAUUCCUGGCAGUAACUGCAGAGUAUACAGACUGGACACAACCUGGUCAUCAGCAGCCAGAGUCUGUCAGAGCUCUAACUCAGCAAGCUCUGCACGAUGCUGCCGUCGGAGCACCGGUGUCUGCAGCAGCCGUGCAGUUCUCUGCAGCCAAGUACUCUGCAGUCUACUUUUAUGUCUUCAAUCUCUCCAGUCCAUCAGGCUCAAGCGGGAGCAUGGAUGAGAUGUCGCUGCUGCUGGGAGCCGCUCUCACCGCCCCCCGGGGCAACGUCUCGGUCGCCCUCAGGGAGAUGAGCGAGGCUGCCAUCUUGCUCUGGUCCAACUUUGUCAGGAACGGCAACCCGAACAGUUGGCUACGUCAGGACUCAGGCUACAGAAUAGACAACUCGCUCUACCACAUCCCGCAAUGGCCGCUGUACCGACCCAGUCAUAGAUAUUACCUCGAGUUCAGCCGGUCCGGAGCCACUCCACGGGACCAUUACAGGGCGGGUAAAGUGGCUCUUUGGACAUGGCUUCUGCCAUCCCUCGAGCUCAUAGGAGCGAGGUAUGGGCCGGACUCGUCCUUCCACAGACUUCCUGACGACUCACUUACUUACUCAGGACUAGUGAGACCCAAGCCCUCAAAAUGGGUCAUCAAAACCGAGUAUUUGUCGCCCUUUUCCACGUGGCCGUCCCUGUUAUUUGUAGUUCCUACUAUUACAUCUAAGGGCGACACUUCGGUCGUCGAUAACAAGGUGCUCCAACAUGCCAUUAAGAUGCACGCAAAAAGCGGAGACUCUGACGUCGACGAUAUCUACUCUGAAGGCCCUAGCUUGUUUUCCUCGGAUAUCAUGGACGUCAAUUCGAGCGUGAUCAUCGUGCAGACGAGUGAUGACGUUCACGUAAAUCCUGAGCGAAAAAAGAUCCAUGUUCGAAGGCGAGUAGUUUUCCCGUACGCAACAGCGCUUGGAAUCACUGUGGGACUUGGGUGCACUUUACUUCUAAUAAAUGUUUUAGUCUGGGUUUUCAUACGCCAGAAAAAGAAGAAAAAGAAGCGUGUGGUGAUAGUAGAGGAAGACACUCAUAUUCCAACACCAUCAUCGUAUGGUUUAGCCAUGGAAUCAAGCCUCUCGCCCUCACAUCACAGCUCCACGACGAUGGAGACUUUGGAAACCUUCUGUGACGUUCCAAAUCGGCUCGUAAGCCCUGCAGAAUGCGGCCAAUGUUGCCAGGAAUUGGCACAAAGCUGUCCACGCAAUACAGCACGCGACUUCUGUCAAGCAAAUGGCGGUGCUUUCGGCAGCCUUCACAGACAUCCUGGAAUGCCUGGUACUGCCAUCAUUCCAGUUCAUGGAGAGAACCAACCUCUGUUGUCUCCUAGCACUUAUAUUCAUGAUCACAUGUCUAGUAUGUCUAAUCACUGUACUUAUAGUGUGCAUCCGCCUUGCAUUACUCCUUGCACAUCUCAAACUUGCACUGAAAUACGUUUGUAAUGUUCACUCAAGACUAUUUUACCAAUAGUUUAAUGUCAACCACACUAAUGUUUUAAUACUCGAGAAUAUAUAUAAUAGAAUGUAAGAUGGAUAGCAACCACGCAAUCAAAAUGGUUUUAAAUCUGACUUCACAUUAUAAUGUAAUGAAAUGCUGACAUUCUUACAUUUUUUAUUUAAAACAUUGUAGUAAAGUAUUAUGUA